CACUCUAGCCUGGGCAACAAAGCGAGACUCUGUCUCAAAAAACAAAAAUAAUUUGGGUAAAUGUGUUAGUUUAUUUUCCCAUACCUACGAGUUGCCCAUGGGACACUGUCUCUGUGGUGUGUUCCAGGGACCACCUUCUAGUUUGCGGUGUGCAUUGUCUAUUUGCUAGACUUUUUAACAUAGCAACAUAAACAUUUUUAUUCUAGUAAUGUCUUUCUGGUUUUGGAUGGUGGCUUCCUGUCUUUCAGAGCUUGAUGUUAUUUGUUUUUUUGGUGUGUGGCUUCCAGACACCUGCUUUUGAAAUCUUUCAGGUGUUUGGCACUAGUUUUCUCAGAUAGUUGGAUUACUUCAAUCCAAGAAUAACAGAGUUAGGGUCAAGAUCGUGCACUGUAUGGUUAAUCCUUCUGAGGAAGUAUUUAUUUUUAUUCAUUUUUGUUUGCCUUUCCUUGGUUCACGGUGCUUAUGGCUGCUCCCUUUGGUUGUGAUUAUCCCAAACUGAGUUUACUACUGAUCUUAAGAAUGUUUUCCAAGCUUUUAAAAUCAUGACCCUCGGUAAGAAAUACAUUUUACAUCCUGACCAGUUUUAUACACACACACACACUGAACCCAAAGCAUUUGUCGCAAGUUGCAAAUGUGUACAGUUAUUGCUAAGGAUAUGUAUUUCCAUUUAAUUUACAUAGAAUGCUGGUCACUGAAUUGAUUUUAUGAUAUUAUUUGGUCAUGCAGUUUAACAAACACUGACCACUGGCAUCUUAGAAUUUUGUUCUUCAUAUUCUAUAGCAAUAGUCAGCUUUUCUGCUUGUGACUGAUCACCUAUUGCCAGCAUGUGAUUUUGUCAGCAUUUUAAAGCAGUUUGAUUGUGAAUGUCAUGCUAGCUCUGGUUGCCCAUUUGGUUUUGCAUUUAUAGGCAGCUGCUCCUUGGGAAGUAGGGCUUGCAGAACAGGUUGAAUAUUCCAUAGACUCAGAUUUAUGCUUGGUGAGGUUAGGGGGUAUUCACAGAGGAAGACUCAACAAUAUGGAAAUCACAUGUCAACAUACCCUAUCCCUUAGAAGCAUAGGUUCAUUCCCAAGGGGCUUCACCGUCACUUACAAUAGCACAAUAUGGCCUCCCUCAUGGACGCUUGAGGGGAGGGGCUGCUCUUGUUCCUGUUUUUAUUCCUCAGAGCCCUCAGCAUGAUGCUCGAUGUGGAGAAUAUGCAUCAGCCUCUGGUCUGGUAGAGUCUCCUCAUUCUCCUUCUUCUCCUCUGUGUUUUCUUCCUCCCUAUAUGCAGAAAGAGACGUACAGACUGUGUGGAAUGACGUGAAGGGUCACUUGCUUGGAGGAUAGAGACUGUAUGUAAAAGCUUGUGUUUGAUGCAAAUUGUGAGAAAAUAAUCUUUAAAUAAAGGAAAAGUAAGAUUAGAAAUUUUAAAAAAUUGUCCUAAUGAAGAGAGGAGAGUGAUUAGUAAUUAUCUCAUUGCUCAUAGGUAAAUAGAUGCUUUUAAAAAGGUUAAAUGACUUGUCCCCUGGGGUUAGUUCAAUGUCCUCUUGUAAUCUAAAUUUUCUCAUCAAAUCUUUUUGAAUCCAGAUGGGGCUCAGCUCCAUCUAAAGUAUCACAAAACCUUAAAAGAAUUAAGUCUUGAGUUAAUAAGACUAAUUGUAUUUCCAUAGCAAUUUGUAGGUGGCUUGCUACCCAGUCACCUCCCAAACCCAGCCCUGUUGAGGCUCUUUUUACCCUGUAGUGAUCAUGUAGGACCAGGUUGCUUUUGGGGGGGGCAUGGAGUAGCAGGCCUCCCACAAGGUCACCAGUGCCUUGGGUGUUAGGGACAUAAGUUAGGCUUGUAUCAUGGCACCAGUGCUGCACCCUAAUGUUUAUCACAGCAUGAUUUAUAGUUGCAAAGAUAAAGAAUUAAUAUAAGUGCCCAUAAAUUGAUGAAUGGAUAAAGAUAAUGCGGUAUAUAUUAUAUAUACCAUGCUGCCUAACUCUUGCUAUCCAACUACCAAGUCCAAGUUUUCAGCUACUUUCUUUUGUGUUGGGAGAAAAGAGCUCAUUUGGCAAACCUAAGAAUUGAUAGCUAGCGUAUUGUUGAGUUUGUAACCUGGAUGGUUUUGUGUCUACUAAUUUUCAAUGUUAUCAUAUAAAUUAGAGCUCAUGGAUCCAGCUGUGGUUUAAAGGUGACUGCCCAGGAUGUGGAUUUGAAAGAUCAGAAUUUGAGUAUCAUUUCUUUCCAUUUUAGCAGUGUAGCCUUUAGGAAACCACUUAACUUCUCUAAGCCUCAGAGGUGUCAAGGAGAUUAAAUGCAACUAUGUGUAACUGACCCUGAGGAAUUUUGGGUUCAAAUUGAAUAGAGCCUGGAUAUUUGGACAUCAGAAGGUCUUUGAAGAUUAUCUAGCUUCGUUGUGUAAUGGAGGGCCAGAGAAAUUUAAGUGAGCUUCUUGGAGUAGUUUAUGCCACCAUUCAGUGUGUCACUGAAUCUGUGAUAGGGAAUCCAUUCAGGGUGAAAAGCAUGGUUUUUCGAUUAGUCUGCAGUGGAUCUAAAUUAGUCCCCUGCUGUUUACCAUGCCUGUAGCCUUAGACAAGCUACUUAACUUCUUGCUGACUUAGUCUUCCUGCUAAAGUAAAUAGAAAUAAGGAUUUUUUUUUGAAAAAAAAAACCUCAUAGGGGUGUGGUAAGGAUUGAAUGAGAUAAAUUCAUGCAAAGCUCUUAGCACAAUGGCAAACACCCAAAGAACGCUCAACAUCAUUAUUAUUAUUUCUUAAUCAAAGGGCACUGAUGUUUUAAAAUAAAAUGGAGAGGCUGCUGUAGAGUAUAUUCUUUAUUAUGUAUCUGAACGCCAGGCUGAAAAUUCUGUUUAUGAGAGAGUUGUUUAUUGAUAGCCAUGGCUCAACAAUUUUUUUUUUUUGGUUAAUAAAUAAACCAGUAAAUCAUUUCUUGCUGAAUACAUGGCUGUAUUUUUAUAAUAAAACAUCUAUAUCCCAUGGUUUUGUCUUGCAAAUAAUUCCAUGCCUCUUGCAUUUUCUGUGAUCUAGGAAGGAGAAGGCUUGUUGUUCUUCAUUGUAUGUGUGGAGCAGAGAUACGGACAGUCUCUAGUUUAUUUCUUUUUGGCGUGGCCCUGUGUUCUGAGCACGGGCGUGUCUGAUCACUGGGGGAUAACAGCCGCACUGUGGCUCUGAGGUACUGGGAAACCGUCCAGUUUCCUCCUCCUGACCUUGACUCAAGCCUUCCCUGAAAUCUUCGGUCAGCCCCAUUCCCCUUCUGUCAGCCGCCCUCCUUAUAUAACCCAGAUGGGUCAUUUCCAAAGCUGGUGUCCAGAGGUGGUGUGUGCAUAACAGAAAAGAAUCUAGGGAGGCUUCGUAUGUGUCACUAAAGCAAGUAAUUAACUGGAAAACCGUAGGAGCUGACGCUGAAUGCCACCACGAAGUUUAAACAUCGCCUUUACUGCAGACGGCUGAGUCAAACUGCUUGUGAGAACAUUUUAAGCACUGAUUUAUCUAAAAACAGACUGGUUGAAGUUCCAAUGGAAUUGUGCCAUUUUGUAUCACUGGAAAUCCUUAAUCUGUAUCACAACUGUAUCAGAGUCAUUCCUGAGGCCAUCGUCAAUCUGCAGAUGCUGACUUACCUAAACUUGAGUCGAAAUCAGCUGUCCGCCCUGCCCGCCUGCCUGUGUGGUCUGCCUCUCAAAGUCUUAAUCGCAAGUAACAACAAACUUGGAUCAUUACCAGAAGAGAUAGGUCAGCUCAAACAGUUAAUGGAGUUGGAUGUCAGCUGCAACGAGAUCACCGCACUGCCCCAGCAGAUAGGCCAGCUGAGAUCUCUGCGAGAACUGAAUGUCAGAAGAAAUUACCUUAAAGUUUUGCCACAAGAAUUGGUAGAUCUUCCCUUGGUAAAGUUUGAUUUUUCCUGCAACAAAGUGCUGGUGAUUCCCAUUUGUUUUAGAGAGAUGAAGCAGCUGCAAGUGCUACUGCUCGAGAAUAACCCUCUGCAGUCUCCUCCAGCACAGAUUUGCACCAAGGGCAAAGUGCACAUAUUUAAGUAUCUGAGCAUACAAGCGUGCCAGAUUAAGACAACUGACUCCCUUUAUCUCCACACCAUGGAGAGGCCACAUUUACAUCAGCACGUGGAAGACAGCAAGAAGGACUCUGAUUCGGGAGUUGGAAGUGAUAAUGGAGAUAAGCGGUUAUCUGCCACGGAGCCCUCUGAUGAAGACACCGUCAGCCUCAAUGUGCCAAUGUCAAAUAUCAUGGAAGAAGAACAGAUCAUCAAGGAGGACUCGUGCCAUCGCCUUAGCCCGGUUAAAGGGGAAUUUCAUCAGGAAUUUCAACCGAAGCCUUCCCUUUUGGGUGACAAUGACAACUCAGGAGAGGAAAGAGACCAGUUUAUUGAUGGAGCAGAUGUUCUCCAUUCGGAAUUUGUGAACUAUAAGGCCAGGGCAGAAAACUAUGAAGAACUGCUACGGAUAGAAGAGGACACACACUGGCAAGCCGAGGGCACAAUAAAUUCAUCCAAAGAUGAGGACAUGGAUAUCGCUAUGAUGGAGCAGCUGAGAGAAGCAGUAGACUUGCUGCAGGAUCCCAACGGAUUAAGCCCAGAUAUUACAGAGAGAAGUGUUUUAAACCUGUAUCCGGCAGGGUCAGCAGAAGCCUUAGAAUUACAAGAUUCUGCGCUAAAUGGUCAGAUGCAGCUGGAGACCUCCCCGGGGUGUGAGGUGCAAAGUGACCUAACAUUACAGAGUAAUGGGAGCCAGUAUUCUCCAAAUGAGAUCAGAGAGAACUCCCCUGCAGUCUCUCCUACCACAAACAGCACAGCUCCUUUUGGCCUGAAGCCUCGAUCAGACCCAGCCCUCAUUCUUCCUCCUAUCUCCUUCAACACACUUACACAGGCACAGACAUGGGACAGCUCUAGCUACAGUGUUCCAUCUGAAGGAGACAGUGACAAUGUGUUUCUAAGACCUCAGAGAAAUUUGGAAUCUAUAGACCCACAGUUUACAAUCCGGAGAAAAAUGGAACAGAUGAGAGAAGAAAAAGAGCUGGUGGAACAACUCCGUGAGAGCAUCGAGAUGAGGCUGAAGGUCAGUCUGCACGAGGACCUGGGGGCGGCGCUCAUGGAUGGCGUGGUCCUCUGCCAUCUGGUCAACCACAUCCGCCCACGGUCCGUUGCGAGCAUCCAUGUCCCCUCACCAGCGGUUCCCAAACUUAGCAUGGCCAAAUGCAGAAGAAAUGUGGAAAACUUUUUGGAAGCAUGCCGAAAAUUAGGAGUACCAGAGGCUGACCUCUGCUCUCCGUAUGACAUCCUGCAGUUGGAUUUUCGUCACAUUCGAAAGACUGUUGACACUCUGCUGGCACUCGGGGAGAAAGCCCCACAACCAACUUCUGCCCUCCGCUCCAGGGACCUUAUAGGCUUCUGUCUUGUCCAUAUUCUCUUUAUAGUGCUGGUCUAUAUCACUUACCACUGGAAUGCUCUGUCCGCAUAACGUCUGCAUGCGCAUCCAAACGCUCUGCUCUGUCACCCUGAUCCAUUGCAGGGCCCUUCCUCCAUCCGAGCCUUUGCCUUGCCAACUUCCAUUUCUGUCAUCUCUUCGGUAAUCUCUCAAGUUUUGAAGCUGAACGUUCACAAAUCAGAUUUUCCAGAAGCACAAACUUUGUAGAAUGCUGUUCCCCUUAAGUAAUUUCUCUGGUUGAAACAAAACAGUGACAGCAAAGUGUAUCUACCCCCCCACCCCCAUCCCCGUGCUUCCCUGUCCACCUAGUGCCAGCAGCAGUGCUAUGUUCGCGGUUCCUCUGCUCCCUCCCGCGGGGCUGCCGCUGCCCUGGGUCGAGAGGAGCGGGGCUCCAGGACUGGAGCAGACAGGAUUUAGCAUAUGGAAGUCUUUCCUUUGGGUCAGUAUUUAACUGGGAUCCUAACUCAGGACUGGGCAAUUGAGCUGUAGAGGGGCCGCCUUGCAGAGGAGACCAAAAAAACCAACAUUUUGGCCCAAUGUGAUCUAUUGAAGUCUUUAAUAAUGCCACUAUUGACGAGUUGAAAAAUACCAUCUGGAGAAUGACUGAUUUGGCAGCCAUUCAGUUGGAUUCCUCCUAGUUUCCUGCGAGGGAGCCAGGAGGGCAUCAAAGAGGGGUGCGCACUUCCUGCCUGCGCAAGCGGAAGUGGCGCUCUGGGAAGAUGCGCGCUGCCUGUUAGAGCGCCACCUGGAGCUUCGCGUACGCACCAGCUUCUUGUUAGAUGUACUCUGAGGCUCUUAGGAAAAGCGUUUUCCAGAAGGGAUUUCUGUUUUUGAGUAAUGUAAUGGCUCGUUUUGCUUUUCUGCUACAUCACAUAAUAACUUCAGGUCCAGAAUGUGAUGUCUUUAUAUUCAUUUUCAAAUAAAGCCAUGGGUUAUGGAACAUUCUUGGUCCUGGGCCUUGGGUUACUCUGGCAGGAGUCAGUAAGAAGAUUGCUCUUAUUUUAGAAGAAUGUAGUUUCUCAUAUUACUUGCAAUGUCCAUGUAAUCUUUCAUUUCCAAUGGCUUUAACUGGCAAACUGCUUUAUUUUUAAGUCAGCUUAAAGGAUUAUAUAUCAACUAUAUCUGCUUAUGGAGCAAUGUGAUCAGUUUGUAAUUAGCAGGGGGAUAAAAAGUUAGGAUCUUAUCUAGGCCAGGAUAUUCCUGGAUUUGGGGAUGUCUUUUUAUAAUAUGAGAAGGCCCUGCUCCAAGUUCAAACCAGCCUUCACUGUGCUUCAUUUCACAGCCUAUUUGCCAAAUACUGUUUCUUAGGUUGGGGGGUGGGGGCAGGUCAGGUUUACUUCCUCAAGAUAAAUGUCUAGUUUGUUGAGAUGCACACGGUCCUCAUACAUGGCUACUCAGAAGAUAAUCUUAUUUUUCUGAACAUUUUUGUGAAUCUAGGGGACUUGAAAAUGUAGAAAGCCCACCUAGUUAGAAGAAUGUAUUUAUGAAGAUUCCUUGCUGCUAAAUCAGAUCAGAUUUUCUAACAGGAAACAUUCUUUCCGUGAUAAUAUCUCGAGUUAACUGCGCUUUUUCCUCCUUUGUGUUGCUUGGUGAAAUACAGGGUAUGUGCAAGUUAUCGAAUGAACCUCAGCUGUGUAUGAAUAACCCACAGAUGUACUGAAUUGCCUUUGGUGCUAUCUUGUAUUCUUCAAUCUGUAACACAAUAAAAUCCCUUUGUACAAUGUCUAACGAGCACCCUGAGCCAGAAGUUGCUUAAUAAACACAUUUCGGGUGAUUAUUCCAAGUUUUUAUCAGCCCACUGAUACGUUUAUUCGUGCACAUCCAGAGUAGCGCUCAGCAUGUCCAUCUAACUCUGAAGCGCUUUGAGGCUUCCCUUUAAUGGUCGCUGGUUGGUGGUUUUUCCCCUUCUUUAUGGG